UACAAUCUCCUGGGCGUGUCCCCGAAAGCGACGACGAAGGAGAUCAAAUCCGCCUACCGCAGGCGCGCGCUCGAGCUGCACCCGGACGUGAACAAAGCGCCCGACGCGUCGGCGCGGUUCAACGAGGUGAAAGAGGCGUAUAACGUGCUCGUGGACCCGGCGAGGCGGGAGGCGUACGAC